CGCAUACGCAGCGGAGAGCAACAGGCUGGUUUACGAGUACGAUGCGCAGUUGUUGAACAUCACACCAAAGACGAUCACCUACUGAACAUCCCACCUCCAAUACCGACCACCCUCUUCUCCUUGUUAUUGAGAGAUCUCCUUCUGCAUAUACACCUCAGGCACCUCUCCAGACAUGGUCAAUCCCCGAGCUUAGAAUCACUGUCUACGUCCAGAACCUCAUUCCCUCUACGACUUCGGAACUCACGAUGGACUACUCUGCGGUCUCGUCCGAGGCUGAUGCUCUACAUGGGGCUUCUCCUUGGGGCUCAUCCUCUCCUCGCACCAACAGAGGAUUUCCCAAUACCGCAUCGUCUCCAGAAUCGCCCGCUCCCAUCCGAGGCCAUUCAUACGGUCAGUCGCAAGACAGUAUACCAGAGUCCCCAUACCUCUCGCAGCCAGCGACAAGUACUUCUCCGGACGCAACCGACAAUGCUGAAGGACAGCAUGUGCCAGACUCGCCCAGUCGAUCCGUAGCUGCGUCACAAGACCCUCAUGCGCCAGCAGGGCAACAGCCGUCUCCCCAAGGCCAACCCCGCCAACAGGCGGCAAGGUAUCAUGGAAAGCCACAGAAGCCAGUGCCUCAGUACAGACUACAAGCAAAGGUGACUGCUUUAGAAAGAACCGGGCGCAAAGACCCAGUCAUCAGAUUCGAUGUUUAUACCAAUCUACCCAAGUUUCGAACGACACAAUUCCGCGAUGUCCGUCGAACACACUCCGAAUUCGUCAAACUCGCGGAGCACUUGAUUUCUGCCAACCCUGAAGCCCUCGUCCCCGCUGUCCCUCCAAGCAUUACGUCUGCCGGUGCAGGCACAGACGAAGAUGAGAUUCGAGUCAAGAACUCGAUCCAAAGAUGGUUGAACUGUGUAUGCGGUAACGAUGUUCUUAUGCGCGAUGAGGAGAUGGUCUUCUUUGUGGAAAGUGAUUUCGGUUACUCUCCUGUUGUCAGAAUGAAGCAACCUGCGACUGGUGUACGAAGAAAAGUCCUGAAGCAAUUCGCACCUCCCCCCGAUGACACCCCAGAGCUGCACGAAGCUCGACCUGUGGUCAAAAUGUUCUACCUCGGCUCGCUGGAUACCAGUCAGAAGCUCGAGAAGGUUGUAAAGUCCAGAAGAUCACUCGGUCUUGCCGAGUCUUCUCUAGGCGAAAAGUUGACUCAAAUGCAUGUUCAAGAAACGCACGCCGGCUUGUCCACUGCAUACCGCAAACUAGGUCGCGUCAUUCAAACGUGUGGCGACUACCACGCCGCCCAAGGCACUGCGGAAGCCACCACUAUGGGUGACUCCCUUGCCUACCACUCUUCCGACGCCUUCAUCGUCAAGGAGACCCUGACCAACCGUCACAUACUCCUACGUGAGCUUGUCCAGGCCGAAGCGUCCCGUCGCAGCAAAGAGAAUGCCGUCCAACGCCUUAAAUCCAGCUCCUCCGUCCGUCGAGACAAGGUCGACGAAGCCAUCUCCUCUCUCGACGAGGCCAUGAGCCAAGAGAACUAUCUCCGCUCCAAAACCCAGCGCGUCACGGCCAACCUCCUCCUGGAGAAGAGGCGGUGGUUCGAUCGUACGAGCAAUGAAUUCAUGUUUUCUCUGCGCGAGUAUGUCCUCCGUCAGAUCGAGGCGGAGCGGCGGACCCUCGCGACCCUGGAAUCCGUCAGACCCGACGUCCGGGCGAUCGACGCCUCGGGAGGUCUGAGCAGGCUGGGGCGUGAGAACCACCCCGUGGUGCGGAGGGUGAGCAUGGCCAGCAGCCAAGGGGCCAAAGGCGACGCUUGGAGUGGGGUCGCGAGAAGCAGGGACGCCCUCACGCGGAGUAUGAGUGGUAGUUUUGGACCCGCGGGCAUUCCAGAGGCCGGCGAGGAUGGCACUACUGGGAGCAAUGGCACAGCAGAUGGUGGGGCGUCCAACAAUGCCGGUGGCGCUGGCCGGCCUAGAAGUGGCACUGCGACGAGUAUCAAGGAGGAUGAGGAUGAGGAUCGUGUUGAUGCGAGGAACGCGGCCAGUAGAUUGGCGCAGAGCACUUUUUAAACAAUCCCCAACCAACACCACUUUUGCCUGAUCUACCUACCUACGGAUAUGGUGGUACCAUGACUAUGUACCUAGUUACAGAGUAUCACUCAUACCGACCUUAUGCCCUUGAGCGAGAAAGCGAAUGCAAUCAUAUCAACCCAGUCAAGGCACCGGUGUGGUUCCUUCUUCUUCCUCCGAUUCCUUGUUCUUUUGGUUGCCAAAGUUAAAACAUAGUAGUUAGGGUCAGAAAAGAAAGAAAUCAUGUUCAAUGAUGA